AUGGUGAAGAUCGACGAGUACCAGGAGCAAAGAUCGGAAAUUGGGGACGAUGCGUCGCUCCUGACUACGCGGUCGAAGUCGUCAGGUUCGUCUUUGUCGGGAUGGAGGACUAGGCGAACUGAGAGGAGGAAGCGUCGGAGAAGAUGCGGAGGGUUGCGAGUCGAGACGGAGACAGAGACAGAGACAGAGACGGGAGAGGAUAAAUCAAUGGCUCGGGCAUGUCUCGACGGCGGCGCGGCGCAUGAUAUGACGAGGUGGGUGGUGGUGGCCGGUUGGAUGAAAAGAGGGAGUAGGAAGGAAAGCCGGGGAAGAGAGGUUUUGACGAUGAGAGAGGCUCAGGUCAAAGAGACGGCGAGAGCGCGCAAGGUUACGGGUCCACGUUGGUGGAAGAGACGUCUCGCAGGGCAGUACUACGUACAGAUAGGCAGCGUCCAGUACCGUGAGGUACCUGACGAAACUACGGAACCACUGAGAGACGCUGGUAGCCCGGCGUGGACAGGACAGUGGAGGUUAUCUUCCAUCGACAGUCCGUCAAGAGGUAAUCUUUCGCCGCCAAAGGGCCCCUGGAACAGCAGCAAGUCCCGCCGCCCAGCCCAGCCCCAAGACGUGCUUGACGCCGUGUUUCCGGCCAACUGGGUCAAAUUCGACUCCCAAGCCACGGCAUCCAAUCUCGACUUGUCAAGGGCCGUAGAAGGCGUCUCGAAGGGGGAGGGGGAGCCUGAAGGAGCCUCAAAUAUGCCACCAGUCGCCGAUGGCCGUCGAUACAUCUCUUGA